AUGGCUAUCGACGGAUCAAAAUAUGAUAUUAAAGGACUCGUUGAUGCCAGCUUAGCUAAGCUCCCUCAAGUUCUCGAUCAUAACCACUUGAAUCUUCAGAUUAAAUCAGGGCCUCCUCCUACACGUGAAGAUCCCAUUGAUUAUUUCGCAAAUGUCAACACUAAUUCCACUCGACGUGAGGUGAUAAUCGACGAAAUUCGAAGUGCUUGUAAAAAAUGGGGACUCUUUCAACUUGUUAACCACAUAAUCCCUGUUACAACCCUGGAAGAGAUUAUCAAUAGGAUCUGUCGGUUCAACGAGCAGGAUAUCAAGGCCAAAGAAAAGCUUUACUCUCGAGAAGAAUCGAAGAAGGUCACAUUCAACACUAAAAUCGACAUGUCCCAAGCUUUGGCUACCUAUUGGAGGGGCACCCUCACUUGUGUCAUGGCCCCUAAUCCCCCUACCCUACACUCGAAGAAAUCCCUGAAGCUUGCAGGGACAUAUUGCUACACUACACAAAUGAUGUAA